AUGUUUAAGCCAAAUACGGGAGAGCAAGUGGGCGGUGAUUGCUUUAUUAGCAAAGGGUUUUCGAAUUGGAAGAAGAAAGAAAGGUUGCAGGGUUACAUUGGAGGAUGGAAUAGUGCCCACAGCCAAGCUUGGAGAACCUACGAUGGUUUAUUGAAGCAGAACCAAGCACAAAAGGAAUAUGAAACUCUUUUGGGUUUAUCAAUUGUUUGUAUGAGGUUUCUUUUGCAUCAAGGGCUUAUAUAUUGCGGAGAUGAUGAUGAAUAUGAAGGUUCAAACAACGAAGAUGUUUUUCUUGGACUCUGGAACUUCCAAUGUGGUCGUCACGAGGAGUUAAAAGUUAUCACAUUGAGAAAUUCUCCCUUAAGUCUGAAGUUGACUUCACCUGAUACUCAGAGGGACAUUAUAACUGCUUUUUCAAUGGAAAUUACCAAAGCAAUAGCUAAAGAUAUUGGUGAUUUGUAUUUUUCCAUUCUCAUCGAUGAGCUUCAUGACAUGUCUCCAAUGAAUCAAUUGGCUAUUGUUAUACGCUUUGUGGAUAAAGGUCAUGUGAUUGAGCAUUUUUUAGGCAUUGUACAAGCCACUGAUAAUACUGCUGACUCAUGUAAGGUGGUUAUUGAUGAUUUCUUUUCUACUCAUGGAUUAAGCAUGUCAAAGCUACGGGGCCAAGGUUAUGGUGGGACAAGUAAUAUGCUAGGUGAGUUGAAUAGUCUUAAGACACUUAUAAUGAAGGAGAACGAGUGUGCCUAUUAUGUUCAUUGCUUUGCUCAUGAUCUUCAUUCAACACUUAUUGAUGUGGCAAAGGAUCCUUUUGAAAUCUUCCAUCUCUUUACCUCGGUUGCUAAUCUGGUGAAUGUUAUUGGGGCAUUUGUUGAAUGUUGUGAUAUUCUUCGGAAGAAACAUGGUGCUUUGGUUUCUGAAGCACUCAAUACCAGUGAUCUUCUAAGUGGACAAGAUGUACUUGAGGUCAUAGCAGAUUUUGGAUCAAAGACUGAGCAGAAAUGUAAAGCAGAGGUUCUAUUGGGUUCCCUCUGGUCCUUUGAAUAUGCUUUGUCACAGGCAUUACAAAAAAAAGACCAGGAUAUUGUGAAUGCCAUUAACCUAGUCAGAAGAUGUAAUGAAGAGCUGAAAAUGAUGAAGGAGAGUGGUUGGGAUUCUUUACUCAGUCAGGUUUUUUCUUUCUGUGACAAACAUCAGAUUAAAGUUCCUAACAUGAAUGACAUGUUUCAAACUAUAGGGAUAAAAAAACCUCCGGUGGUAACAAACAUGCAUCAUUAUCGCAUUGAGGUGUUUUGUAAUGUUAUUGACAUGCAACUUCAAGAGCUAAAUAUUCAUUUCGCUGAGUUGAAUACUGAGUUGCUUCUUUGUGUGGCAUGUUUGAAUCCAAGAGAUUCAUUCUCUGCUUAUGACAAGAAAAAGUUGAUUCAGCUUGCUCAGUAUUACCCAAAUGACUUUUCUGCACUUGACUUGAUGAUGCUUGAAGAUCAGCUUAAGAUGUACAUUAUGGACUUGCGCUCCAGCUUUGAGUUUUCAGGAUUGGAUGGGAUUGCGGAUCUUGCACAGAAAAUGGUUGAGACAAAAAAAGACAGUGUUUACCCAUUAGUUUACUUGCUGUUGACAUUGGCACUUAUCUUACCAGUUGCAACUCCUACUGUAGAGAGGGCGUUUUGUGCUACGAGGAUUGUGAAGAACCGGUUACUCAAUCAAAUGGAAGAUCAAAGGACGGAUGAUAGUUGGAUUGCAUAUAUUGAGAAAGACAUUCUUGAUAGUUCAAGCAUGACUGCUUGCUCAAGAAGCAAUGACUGCAGAACAUUGGAAUUACAGAAUGUUCUGUUCAUCUGGUCUCUGCUUCUCUAUCUAGUUACUACUUUUGGCAUUUGCUUUGAUUUCUGA